CGAAGGCACAAGGAGACGAUCGACUAGUGAGACAAGCGGGAAGCAGCGGCUGGGAGCUCCGGAGAAGGGCUGCGCUUGCCUUGGCGGGUGAGGUGUCCUGCCCCAGAGGAGGCUCUGCCGUGCCCGUCCCCGGGUCUGGCCGGGUCCCCGCGCCGGGGGCGAGCUCGCUGGCUGGGCACGGUGGGCGCGCCGGCCGCUCUGGGCAGAUGCCGAUUGAGAUCGUGUGCAAAAUUAAAUUUGCCGAGGAGGAUGAGAAGCAGAAGGAGGAAGAGGAAGGGGACAAGGAGAGUCUGAUCGAGGAGCCCAGCCGCCCGCGCACCCGCGACCUGGCCACCUUCGCUGGCACUAGCACCCUGCACGGCCUUGGCCACAUCUGUGGGUCGGGGCGCCUGGGCGUCCGGCAGACCCUGUGGGCGUUCGCCUUCCUGCUCUCGCUGGCCUUCUUCUUGUCGCAGGCGGCCCGCUCGGCGCUGCUCUACCUGGAGCGCCCGCACCUCACGGCGCUGGACGAGGAGGCCGCCCGCGAGAUGCUCUUCCCGGCCGUCACCAUCUGCAACAUCAACCGCUUCCGCCACUCCGCGCUCUCCGACGCCGACAUCUUCCACCUGGCCAACAUGACCGGGCUGCCCCCCAAGGACCGCGAGGGGCACAGGGCGGCCGACCUGCUCUACCCGGACCCGGACAUGGCCGACAUCCUCAACCGCACCGGCCACCAGCUCGACGACAUGCUCCAGAGCUGCAACUUCAGUGGCGAGAAGUGCUCCUCCCAGAACUUCACCGUGCCUGCCCGGCCCUGGGCUGGCCCUUUCCACGCGGGGCCCGAGGGCCCAGGCCACUCCCCACGUGCUGGUCCAGGCAGCGCGGCCCCAGCUGGGGCUAGCGCAGGCACCGGAAGACCCAAAUCCGCGCUGUGCUUUGGGGAAAUCAAUGUGCUGAGCGGGCGGAAUACCUGA